GGGUUAACUGGGCACGGACCCUUUGGAAAGAAGCCACACGGGUGUCUAAAGUCCUUUGAAUAAAAUGCCUCCAAUGCUGUGACACUCGAGUCAGGGAGCCUUUUUUCCUCGCACGGGCUUCGGUACCGGAGCAACCUGCGCUGCUGACCCCGCGUCGUCAGAACUGGACAGGGCGAGGAUGUGUUGGAAGCUAAAGAGCAGCAAAGGUCGGAAAGACGGAUACCCGUGCUAAAGUGAACACCCAGUCUGAACCAAAAAAAAAAAAAAUUUAAAAAACACAUCUCUUCGCAUGAACCCCGACAGGAAUCGGUCGGCAACUCGGUCUCCUCCUGAGGACUCAGGAUGAGGAAGCCUAAAAUCAUUCGAAUGCUUUUCGCUCUAAGUCUAGGAUGCUUCCUUAUGGUCAUUUUCUAUUUCAACAGCAAUCUGAAACCAGCCUCGGAGGAACUUGGGGAAAGAAGCAGUGGGCAGAAACCCAGGAGGAGUCCUCUGCAGGCACUUUAUGAUGGUGACCAGGUCGAGUCAGCAGUGCAGGCAAUCCAUCAAGGCCGACGAGAGCUUUUAGAAGAAGCCUGCCAUUCCUACACUCGAAAACGUAGAGUCCUUAUCCCAGAUGAUCUUAAGCAUGUUAUCGUGGAUGACCAGCAUGGCUUGCUGUAUUGUUAUGUACCAAAAGUGGCCUGCACCAACUGGAAGCGAGUACUCAUGGUCCUGACUGGCGCCGCCAGAUCCCUCCGAGACCCAUUGGAGAUACCAGCAAAUGAGGCCCAUGUGUCAGGAAACCUGCACACCUUGUCUGAGUACUCCACCUCCCAAAUCAACCAACGCUUACGCUCCUACUUGAAGUUUGUGUUUGUACGUGAGCCAUUUGAGCGGCUCGUGUCCGCAUACCGCAACAAAUUCACACGAAGCUACAACACAGCUUUCCAUAAACGAUAUGGCACCAAGAUAGUGCGCCGGCACAGGCCCGACCCACAGCCAGAAGCUCUGGAGAAAGGCGACAAUGUCUCCUUUGAGGAGUUUGUGUAUUACCUUGUAGACCCAGCCACCCAGAUAGAGGAACCCUUCAAUGAGCACUGGGAACGGGUGCACUCACUGUGCCACCCCUGCCUAAUUCACUACGACGUAGUGGGUAAAUAUGAGACACUGGAGCAGGACUCCAACUAUGUGCUACAGCUGGCUGGAGUGGGGGACCAGGUCCAUUUCCCUGCCUCGUCCAAGAGCGCCAGGACUACAGGAGACAUGGCAGCACAGUUCUUCCACAACAUCAGCCCUUUCUAUCAAAAGAAGCUGUAUAACCUCUUUCGCAUGGACUUCCUGUUAUUUAACUACUCUGUGCCAUCAUACCUCAAGUUUUGAUGAGGCAGACGUGUUGUACUGUACAUCCAUAGAUGGUGUAUGAAGAUGCCGUUUUGACAACACUAAUAAACCAGAAUAUUAAUUACGAAGUACAAUACAGGUGAACCUCCACAUUGUACACAAUGUAGUUCAAAAGGAGGCGAAACUUGGUAAUAAUGGAUAUUUUACUGUAAAAAGUGAUCAAGUGAGUACUAGUCUGUGAUUGAGUGAACAAUUUCACUUUAAACUUGAAAUGUUUCUUUUUUUUUUUCCUGGUGGAUUUGCACAUUAAAUGUGAUCUCUUUGUUGGGGGCGAAGUUAUAAUAGCACAAUGAAAGUUUUAAAUUGCUUUUGGACAGAGAAUGUUUCAUACGUGACUUUUGAUGGUCAACCUUAAUUUGACACUAGAGAAAAUCAUUUCUGAAUGUGAGUGCGUUUCAUUUUGUAAUGUUGGACAAAAAUGUUUUUAUUUAUUGUUAUUUUGAUCUGCAUUACAUCAGACUGGCCAAAAACUUUUGUCACAAUUUUCAAAUAAAUGUU